AUGGAAUCUAAAAAGCACUCUGUUAGCCAUUUUUCUAUCAACUACUUGAAAAAAAGUGGUUAAAAUGAAAACUUUUUCUUUUCUCCUGCUUCAAUAUUCUUGAGUCUGAGUAUGGCAGCUUGUGGUUCAGAAUAACAAACACUAAAGGAAUUCAAAGAUGUAUUGAAUUAUUAGAACAAUAUGGAAUUGGGUUAGCUAAUAAAUUCAUUAAAUUCCUUAUUAAUGUCCUCUUCUCAAUAAUUUAGUGUUCUUUCUGCCAAUAAAAUUUACACAGGAGUUUCUGGAAUGACUCAAAAUUGCAAGUAAUUCAUUGAGAAUAAUUUAAAUGGAGGAUUUGAACAAGUAAAUUUUAAAGAAACUGAAUCAGUUAGACUUACAAUAAACAAGUGGGUAUCUAAAUAAACAAGAACAAAAAUUGACGAACUCUUAAAAAAAGAUAUGAUUAGUGAUUAAACUAAAAUGAUCCUAAUAAAUGCCUUGUACUUAAAAGCAGAGUGGUUAUAUUAAUUUGAGGUUGCUUAAGAUCAUAAGUUUUAUCUAUAACCAGGUAAAGAAGAAAGCAUAGUUUUAACAAAAAUGAUGUAUAAAGAGGCAGAAUAUAAAUAUGGUAAAUUUGAUAAUUUUGAGUAUAUCCAACUCCCAUACAAAAAUGAGGCAUAUGCUAUGGAAAUUCUUUUGCCUAUCACAAACAUAAAUGAUUUAGAAAAUAGUGUUACUGAUGAAUAGAUUAUAAAGGCAUAAAGAUCAUCAAAGAAAGCUAAUGUAAGAUUGCUUCUUCCUAAGUUCAAAAUGGGUGGAGCUUCACAAAGUGUUGUAAACAUUCUUAAGCAACUAGGAAUCUAAGAUGCAUUUAAAAAUAAGGCAAACUUCAAAUAAUUUAGUUAAACAGAACAAUUAAUGAUUUCAAAUAUAAUACAUUCAGCUAAUAUAGAAGUAAAUGAAAAAGGAACAGAAGCUGUAGCAGCAACAGCAGUUAUCAUGGCAAAAAAAUGUUGCAUUAGUUUAAAAAAAUAUUAAGAAUUUAUAUGUAACAAGCCCUUCAUUUUCACAAUUUCACAUAUUCCUAGCAACACAAUACUAUUUUUAGGAAGAUUUUGUGUCCCUGAACAACAAAUAUGA